GAAUUAAAAUAAAAGUCGUAUCCGAAAUAUAUGGCAGCAGCUGCCAUCGCAGAUACGCCGCAAAUAUUUGUGACCGUUACGUCGACCGGCAAUGUCGCUCUUUGCGACAACACGUUUCUACACAAAUUUGGUUGUAUUGCUAAUACGACCCUAAUUAGCUUUGGAUGCGCGAUGCCUUAAAUUCGUCGCAAAGCUUGCGUCGGAUUUGUGACGUUUAUUGCUGUCGCAAAGCCGGUUUUCUUAUAGUGCGGGCGUUGUUGAGAACCUUCAGGACAAGGUUCUUUUGGAAGAUAGGAGUAUGGAUGGGGUCAAAGAAGCUGACAUAGUAACAUCUCACUAAGCAAACCAAAUAAGAAGUUGGUAGACUGAUUAAUGAAGACUUGGUCGAGGGAGUUUGUUAAUUUCUGUUUUGUUAGUAAGUGGAAGACUUGGAAAUUGGAAACUGCUCUGCACGUAAUUGAAAUAAAAAGUCUAUUCAGACAGGAGCAUCCUAGUGAAAGAUGAGAGAAAUUUGCAGCUGAGAAAAUAUUCAACACAGUUGUUUGAUGGAUUGACCUCAGUAUGUGCCGUCUUAUAUGGGAUACAAAGACUCCAUAAAAGUCAACCCUUAGACCAAUUUUGUCCCAUGGAAUCUUAUAAUUACUAGUACCUGAAGAGUAAAUUAGUUUAAAAAUAUUUGGAAUCUUGAACUAAAUUAGAUAUAUACUGUAUACAUAUAGCUUAUAAUACAAAUAGUGGCCAGCAAACGAAAGCUUUACUAGGAGAAUUCUAUGAUUCGUAACACUGGUUAUUUUCUAACUGUUUUCUUCCUCGCCUUCAUUUCAU